AUGAGCACCAUCUGGCGCCCAGACUUGAACGAGGACCCCAUCGUCGUCAAGGAAGAGUCCGACGACGACCACAAUCCCCCCGCCGUCAACGUCGAACCUCCCGCGGACGACCACGAGGAAGACGAAAAGUCGGAGGAUCUCGCAGGGAAGAUGUCGACGAUUUGGCGACCUAACCUCGACCGGCUGUACGCCAGCGUCGCCGAGAUGGAGGGAUCGGAGAGCGAAGAGGAGGAGGACGCGUCGAAGCAGGGGACGAAGCGGAAGAGGGCCCCUCACACAAAGGGGCCAUGCGAGCACGGGGUGAAGUGGAGGUCGCAGUGCAAAGUGUGCAGCGCUUGUCCGCACGGGAAGAGGCGCUGUCAUUGCAAGGAGUGCGGUGGUGCAUCAAUCUGCGAGCACGGUCGUAUACGCUCUCAGUGCAAGGAGUGCGGUGGUGCAUCAAUCUGCGAGCACGGUCGUCAGCGGUCUAAGUGCAAGGAGUGCGGUGGGGGCUCAAUCUGCGAGCACGGUCGUCACCGCCAAUACUGCAAGGAGUGCGGUGGGGGCUCAAUCUGCGAGCACGGUCGUCGCCGCUCUCAAUGCAAGGAGUGCGGUGGGUCUGGAAUCUGCAAGCACGGCCGUCGGCGCUCUCGGUGCAAGGAGUGCAAGAAAUAG